AUGGUUGCUAAUGACUAUGGUGUAGCAGUUAGUUUCUCGCCGAAGUUCCAUUGCGAGCGAAAUCUUAUAGAAGGAUUAUGGGCACACCAAAAACAAUAUGUUCGACGUCGAACAGACCAAACAUUCCCCACCAUGCUCAAAUUAAUUCAAAAAUCAAGAAUAAAUUUCAUUGCGAUAGAUGUUUCUUUGAAAUUAAUUAGGAGAUUUUGGCGUACUUUAGCUGCUUACGAAUGUGGUGAUUCUUAUGAAGAUGUUCUCAAGAUGUAUUUCAGUUCAAUGUGCAAAGCUAACGGCGUAUCACGUCGUCAAAUUACUAAUUCCAACUUGAACGACUGA